CGAUACGACAAUCUUGUCAGUUUUAUCGGAUACUUCAGUUGUUGCAGAACGGCCAGAUAUAUUUUGAGUAAAUAACCCUAAAACGUCGGAUACAUACAAAAAUGGAGUGCGGCAGACUUUCAAUAAUUCUCCUGGUAUUGAUUCAGGGUGCAGUGACAGGAUGGGCCCUGCAUUGCCACAUCUGUAGGAAUUCCAAUAAUGCAUUGUGUUAUAAAAUCAAAAUGGCCGAAAAUCCAACAUUUCUCAAGGAAUGUUGGCUGGGUGCCACAAUGUGUGUCACCGAAUUGACCAGAGGUGAAGUACCCAAAGUUGAACGCAAAUGUGCUGCACGAGAUUGGUUUUGUGAAUCGGAGUGUUUCAAUUGCACCUCGGAUGGCUGUAAUUAUCACAACGAUGUUCAGAUGUAUACCACAGUGACCCACAAUCUGGAUGUGUCCCCCAUGGAGUUGUUGAUGGGAAAUAUCUAUAAAAUUGGGGCCCUCUGUUUGGUGGUGGUCAUUCUUAUCAUUUGGUGUAUUUCAAGAUAUUGUUCCAAAAAAUCGGACGAUGACAUGGAUUUCGAGUAUGGAGAGGGAGAAGAGGACGAGGAAUAUGACGAAGACAAUGUCGAUGAAGAUGACGAAGAUUGUGACGACGACGAAGAAGAAGAAGAUGAUGACUCUGAUUGCUAUGACGCCGAUUCAAUAGAAAACGAAUAUAAGGAGUACGCAAAAGAAGCCGAAGCAGAUUAUGAAAAUAUAAAAACGAAAAAAUCAAAGAAACUUAUGGAAGCCAGAUCCGUGCCGGUGCCAGAUAAAAACCCAAAAAAUGUAACAGCAGAUGUAGAAGUUGUUGUAGUUUGACAAUAACGAAGUGAUGGAAUCACUUUCUUUCCGAUUUAGUAGAAGGCGAUUUCGGUAGUCUUAGGCAUUUAAUUUAAAAUUGAGAAACAAAUUCAAU